AUGAGCUCUGCCGCGUACGCCUCGGACGGCGGCAGCUCCACCGAGAGCGAAGACGAAGCCGCCGCCUACCUUGAAUUCAACGUCAAGUCCGAGCCUAGUGCCACCACAGCAACCGCAGUUGAAGUCGCCUCUCCUCUGUCUGCUGAGCCCGUGGUCAAGUCGGAAGCUGAAGUUGUCGAGUCCCACGUUACCCCACAUGAUGGUGAAGAUGCCAACCUCGAGCUGAAAGCCGAAGUGAAACCCGAGUCGGACGCGCCCCCGACCUGCUCGGCUUGUGGCUACCAACUCCUCAUCGUGCCCCAAGCUGAAAUUCUGGGGGCUGACAAGAUGUUGGACUGCAAGUGCUGCGGCCUGGUGCUGCCCAAUUCGAGCUACUCCAAUACGCAGCGGAGUAAAGAAGACACGCGCAAGUGCAAGGCGUGCACGGGCAACAUGGCCUUCCGAGAGAAGAGGUCCAAGGCUCGAGGCUCGAACGAUGCGGGGGCUCCUAAUGAGAAGAAGGCAAAGAAAAAGUCGAUCAGGGAGCGGCAGAAGAGAGGAGAAGCGAGCGGCGUGUUCACGAACAAGGUGGGGAGGCUCAAGAUGGCCAAGAUGGCUCUGCAGCGCAAGCACGACGAGGUGAGCAAGCUGAAAUGGACCAAGCGGCGGGAGGAGUACGAGCAGCCGCUAGACAAGGAGGAGAAGGAGCUCGCGCGGCAGGAGGCGCUGCUCAAGGGCCAGCGCGGAGACUCGUUCAAGCGUCUGAUGGAUGAGCUGACGAUCAGGAAACCCCCGACGUACGAGCAGGACAGGAAGCAGAAGGCCAAGAAGACCAAGGCGAAGAAUCUCAAGAGGAAGCAGCAGGCGAAGGAGAAGGGCGAGGAACCAGCCAAGAAGAAGAAGAAGACAACUAAGGGACCGGUGGUGGAUCCGUCCACGUACGUCCCGCCCGGGUCAGCGGCUGAUGCGGUACCGGCACGUGUGAUUCCGACGCGAGCGAGGACUAGAGCGCAGACGCAAGCAGUUGAAGUGGCAGCGGAAGUGAAGACUGAAGUCAAGAUGGAGCAGCCCAAGGUUGAGCCCAAGACGGAGUGGACGCAGUAG